AUGACACUAUCUUCAAGUUGAUUCCCGGCGACCAAAAGCCUCUCUACGUUCAUGGCACAGUCCUUUCCACCUGUGGAUCUGCCUUCCUCGAGAAAAUUAUGGAUUGGUCCUGGAAGGAGUCUGACGAGAAGGUUAUCGACAUGAAAACACUCGAUAGACCUACCGUUCAGCGACUAGUCAUUUUCACUUACCGCCAAGACUAUCGUGCUUAUGAGCAAGUGAGGGACUACCGCCAUUGGACCGAUGAAGAGGCCUGUCUGACGACUGAAGAACCUUUGCUUCGGGCUUGCAACUGCCUUCAUUGCAAGCCAAAGCUUCGUGCUAUGACAGAGACGCUUCAAGACCAGGACGUUGCGGAUGGACAAGACUCAGUUGCUCAAACCACAUCAUUUUAUGAGCUAGCUUCACUGUGGCCAUUCAACCCUGAGAACCCGCUUUACCCCCUGAAGAACCCAACCACCGAGAUGCAAUUUUUUACGAUAAUGCUGCUUAUUCGCGUGUCAUGCUUUACAGCAUUGGGCAAGAUAUUCUAGCGCAUGCGAAGCUAUAUGUCCUUGCAAACGUUCUCCAGAUGCCAACACUCGAGCAGUUUGUCCUCAAGAGGCUCAUUGGCAACUUACAUACCAUUGUUAGGUCUCUCUACCGUGUGCUUAACGAUGACUAUAAGAUUAUUGUUGAUGCAAUCCGGUAUAUCUAUGGCAACACUCCAGCUACGAAAAAGUUCGGAGGUGUUAGCAAGAGCAGUGAUGUGUUCUUUUUUUGGCAACGGAGUUCGAAUAUAUCUUC